AAGAGUUUGCGCGGUAGUCACUGACAGGGAACACUCAUGAGCUACAUGCGAAUCGCAGACAAUAAGAGACGUGGAAGUGCGAGCAGCAUUGAAUUUGCAGAAGACGAUAAAGAAGUUCCUUUGCCGUCCUUGAUACCUUUGCAACAAAUGGCCGAAAGUAAUGUAAACUUCGACGGUCCUUCCCUCGCCACUACCGGAUCCAUUAACAUGGAUUUCUUAGCUACCAUAGCCCCCCCUGUGGUCACUCAGCCUCAGGCUUUCACUGAUGCAAUGUUGGAUCCAGCUUCCAGAGGCCUUUUGACAUCAUUAACCACCAAACACAUGAGUGGAGCAACUCUUCAAAGGACACUGCGGCACAGUGCUGAUCAGCUCCAACGCACUGUUCAGGGCCAGUUUGUCUCUCUUAAGGGAAACAUGAGUUACAAAGACCUCUUGGCAGGACUGAUCUACGAAGGGGAAAUGUUUCAAGCUAUGAAUCAGUUCACUUUCAUGAACUACACAUACCUACAAUUCUGUGAUGAAAAUGCUCACCCUAUCAGCAAGAGAAGUGGUGGCAUUUGCCUAUUAACAAACAAGAGAGUUCUCUUUUUGUCUUCACAACUUGCUGUGGGCACAACCUUGGUGGAGUGGGGUGAUGCAAAGAAGCUGCCAGGAGGAUACAGUGUUCAGACAUCAUGCAAUGAUACCACUUAUUACCUCCCACUACCUCUACGCUGUCUGCGAAGUGUUGAGAUGUGUGGGGAGACAGGGGUGCGCGGAGAAAUAACAGUCUAUGGACAUCCCCCUUGUUGCUUUGGGUUAUGUGGAUUUUGUGGGUUGACCUGUUGCCAGGAUUCAAACUUACUGAAGCAGUGGGACACAAAACCUGUGACUCGUUCACAAGUGCAAGAGAUGCGAGUCACCAUUGGGCUCCUAAUGCCACCAUGGGAUCGCAAGAUGUUUCUCAACAUUCACAUUGACCCUAAUGUGCCUUUGCCAGUAACUAGAGAUUUUGUGGCCUUGUUGCAAAAAAAUUCCCCAUCACUUAGCUAGUUAUGAUAAAUUGUGACUGAUUUUCUGCCUGGACAUAAUUAAACCAAGAUAAAGAAUACAAUAACUAUUUUCUUUACUAUGUUGUCAUUUGUCUAAUAUGACUGUAGCUUGAAUUUGUUGUGAAGUUGCUUUAGUAAGAAAAGAAAUGUUUAUGCUUUAAUAACCCAAGGGUAGUUUUUACCUACUGGCCGUCUCAUUUUUGGAGUGCUCUAUAGCUCCACAUCUGAUAUGAUAAUUUUCAAGUGUAAAACAUUACAUCAUUUGAAUACUUGAUUUAGCAAUACAAAUGGGCAAAUAAAUAUUAUGGAAUACAUGUAAA